UCCUCUUUAUUUAUACUUCACAUACUUUCCUUCUGAUUUUCACCAACCUGAAACCACAGCGAGAAACCAAAAAUUGACAAUGGCGUCGGCUAUAAGCAUGAUUCAAGCUGGGUUCUCAUGCGGCGGCGCAUUAUCUUCGUUUACGGCGAGGCCCAGGCGGAUGGUGGUGGUUAGGGCUGAAGCUAUAAACCCAGAUAUUAAGAAGGACGAAGCAAAAGUGGUGGAUUCUGUUGUCGUCACUGAACUCUCUAAGCCUCUUACUGCUUACUGCAGGUGUUGGAGGUCUGGGACUUUUCCUCUAUGUGAUGGAAGCCACGUGAAGCACAAUAAGGAGACUGGAGAUAACGUUGGACCCCUGCUCUUGAAGAAGCAGUAAGCCAGUAAAUGGUUGCGGUAUUGUGUUAGUUUGUAGAUUUUGAAAACUAUUGAAGUCUGUUUCCCUAAGUAUUUUGAGUUCUAUCUACCAUUUAUUUGAAAUAAGAUGUUCUUUCCCGGUGAAUGUUCAUUAUAAGACUUAUUUGUCCUUUUUCAGCAUUAGUUUUUCUCAUGGUUGAACUUGAUCU